AUGCAAACUCCCCAUAGUCGAUUACCCAUGCCCAUGGGUCCUGCGGACUAUGCGUACCCCGUAAAACCCUUACUUUCAGUAAAGGGAAUAAAUCAAUUACAAAAUAAAAGAAUUGCAUUGAUUGAACUAGCAGCAAAUAGAAGUGGAAUGCUAGCAGGAAAUUAUAAUGGAAAAGCACCAUAUGAAAUUGAUCCAUGCACUGCAUUUUUACAAAAAACACAAAAUACUUCAAUCAAUGUAACAUAUGCUUUUGGAUGUAGUAUCAAUGAUACAGAUGAAAGUGGUUUUGCCGCAGCUAUUGAAUUGGCUCGUUUAUCUGAUAUUGUAAUAUUCGUUGGUGGUAUAAAUCAAACGAUUGAAUCAAACGAUCGUGUUAAUGUAACGAAUACAGGUGAUAUGGCAGGUAGUGAUGUUUUUUUAGCAUUUGUUACGCCACCACAACAAUCAGUCCGUGAUCCAUCACCCCCAAUUAAAAAGUUAUUUGGUUUUCAACGUGUUUAUUUAGAGACUAGUCAAACAACUGAAAUUUAUUUUUCAUUUAAUAUUCGAUCAUUAUUAACAAUUGUAUUGGAUGGAUCGAAGUGGUUGGAACCAGGUUUACAUAAAAUUAUGGUUGGAAAACAGCAUAUGCAUACCAUUCAUUUAGAAGGAGAACCAAUUCGUUGGUCUUCAUUUUAG